AUGGGGGGUGCUGCUUCUGCUGCUGCACCUGAAGCCCCGCAGCCCGAGGAAAAAUGGCUGCUGGAAAAUGUGCUGUUUUUUGACCCCAAGAAUGGCCCGGGAGGGGUGGGGGUAGAUCUAAGGGACCGGUCUGACUCGAGCGAUGAUUCCAUCAAAAGCUACGAGCCCGAGGUUGCACCCAAAAGGCAAAAUCGGGCUCAGCGGAGGGCGCAGGCGCUGCAGGCGCGAACGGGCUGCCCCUUGCAUGGGAAUGAGCCUUGUCGCUGUGCAGUGGAGAGGCCUGCUGUGGACUUUUUGAAAAGAAAUAAAUAUGAAACGGAUUCUUCUUCGGAUGAAGAAUCUGAAAUCAACGCCAGCCAUUCCCUGAGAUACCCAAUAGCCAUAGACGGGCCUUGCGAAGCAGCGCGAAGUGAGCUAUGA